GCUGUCCCUUAAGCCAGGAAUGGGGUUUGCUUGCUAGUGGAAUCCAGCUGUGAGUCAGAUAUUUGGGUUUGGAAGAGGAGCAAGGACAAGGAGAAGGGAGAAAACUGAUGGGUCAGAAAUAGAGCUGAACAAGGCAACCUCUUUCAAAGGGAAGAGCGUCUCUGUGGUGAAAGAAUCCCCCUGUGUCUGCAGCAGUCAAGGAAGAAGGCCCUCGAGGAACUAUGGGGAGCAAGAAGAAGAUAAGUGUUCCAGCAAAGUUAAUCAAUGGAGGUGUGGCCGGGCUAGUGGGAGUGAGCUGCGUCUUCCCAAUUGAUUUGGCGAAAACCCGUCUUCAAAACCAGCAGGGACAAGGAGUCUAUACUGGAAUGCGGGAUUGCUUGGUGAAGACUCUGCGUUCAGAGGGAUUCUUCGGCAUGUACCGAGGGGCCGCAGUGAACCUGACACUGGUCACGCCAGAGAAGGCAAUCAAGCUGGCAGCCAAUGACUUUUUUCGACAGCUGCUGUCACAGGACAGGAAGGAGUUGACGCUGGUGAGGGAGAUGCUAGCUGGCUGUGGAGCUGGGGCCUGCCAAGUGGUGGUCACCUCCCCCAUGGAGAUGCUGAAAAUUCAGCUUCAAGAUGCUGGACGACUGGCUAUUCAUCAGCAAAAGGUUUUGGGAACAGAUGGACCACCGGCUCCCUUCUCCCAGCCCCCUCAGGACAAACCUUACACCACUGGCACAGCCUCAGCAUUCAAGCGCCCCUCGGCCACUGUGAUCGCCAGUGAUCUUCUGAAAACCCAAGGGCUAGUGGGACUGUACAAGGGACUGGGAGUCACCCUGCUCAGGGAUGUGCCUUUUUCCAUUAUCUAUUUCCCACUGUUUGCCAACAUCAACAAACUGGGACAGAGGCACUCUGAGGAGAAGGCACCCUUCUUCCAUUCAUUUGUGUCUGGCUGCGUGGCGGGAUCCGUGGCUGCAGUAGCAGUGACCCCUCUGGAUGUUUUAAAAACCCGAAUUCAAACGCUCAAGAAAGGCCUGGGAGAGGACACCUACAAUGGAAUCAUUGACUGCGCCAGGAAGAUCUGGACACAUGAGGGCCCUGCUGCCUUCAUGAAGGGAGCAGGCUGUCGGGCCCUGGUUAUAGCACCUCUCUUUGGCAUAGCCCAGGGUGUCUAUUUUAUUGGCAUUGGUGAAUAUAUCUUGGGAUAUUUCCACUAGAACUUGUUCUGGCUAAAUCAGGCCUGGCUGAAGAUCGCACACAAGUUUACUCCCCACUUCUGCAGAACUGGAUUUGCCAGAAAUGGACAGGACCAUGUUGUAAUCAUUUCUCUUAUGGACACUGGCUGUCAGAUAUAUUAUGGCUCAAAUUUCCUGCUACUUUCAUACAUCCACUUGACGUUCUGCAUGCUACAGCUAGCCCCUGCCCAUUUAAACACAGGGAAGAAUGAUUUAUGUAUCCUUACUUGUUUUUCCCAGGAUAGUAUAACACAACAGUUUGUCCUUUGAAUGGCUGUGUGUAAGCAGAGAUUCAUUGUUUUGUUAUAGAGUUGAUCUCAAGGAUUGUUUGAGGUCAGAGGGUCCUGUAUGACUAAAGAGGCCUAGAGAGGACUCAGCUCCCUAAUGACCAGUUUACCCAUAUAUGAUCUGCAAUCUCUUGUCCAGUAUCUAUCUCGCUUUGUUUUUAAAUGCAUCACUGUUUGCUUUGCUUGAGUGAGUUCCAUCUAAUAGCCAGAGGGGGUUCAAACUCACUUGUUCCAGCAAGCAGUGUCUGAAUGUAAACAGAUGAGUCACAGCAGUCAGAACACAAGGGUGUAAGUGUGAAACAGUUUUGUUCCUUCUAUGCAGGGUCAGAAUGCAGUGGGGGGAGGUGAGGGGAGAAGGCAGCAAAACUAGAAAGACUUAAAGCUUAGGUGUACAGUAGUUACAAUUACACAGAAAUAAAGACGAAUACAAACCAAAUGUCAAUUUUAUAGCAAAGCAUUAGGGGUUCAAAAACACUAUGUGCCAGCUGAAGGCAUCCAGCAGCUGGGUGUGUCAAAGCCAUUUCUGGACCAGUUCUUGCAAAUAUCAAAACUGCGAUAAGCACCCUUGCAAAAAUUGCUGAAGGUUAGCAUUCUGGUGCAGGGCCUGCAUGGGGGAAAUUGUUCUAUAAUGGGAGUAUUUCCUUUGGAAAUGGAGGUAGAGGGCAAGAUAAAAAGAAAAGACAUUGUAACCCUGGGUUAAGUAUUUUUCAGGAUUCAGCAAUGCAGGAUUUUCAUUGUUUGAUGUGCAAUUUGUGUAGCGGAGUGAGGCUCAAAUCUUUUUUGUACACCGUUUGUAAAGCAAGAAAAUAACUUUUAGUUCUGCCUGUGAUAUGAGGGAUAACACUUUAUUUUAUAACUGUAUCCCUGCAGCCUGCUAAGCAGCAUAUUCAUGAUGGCAUAAUAUGAAAGCCUUAUUACCACUGCAUGAAAGUAUGGUUGGCUGAGUUUCAUUUACAGGACUAAACAUAUGGCUAGGAGUCAGGAACUGUGUGUGCUAAGCAUAGCUGUGCAGUGACUUACCUUGUGGAACUGGGCAAGUAACCUUGGUAUAUUUCACUCCACAAUCUGUACCCUAGGGAUAAUACUUAACAUCUCAUGCAUAUUAACAGUUAGUGUUUUAUAAAAUAGGCCCUGCCAAGUAGAUGAUGCAGGGAGGAUUGCUGUAUUACUGUAAAUCAAAGCUGCACCAUGCUAGCAGCAGGAGAGACUCAGGCCUGGUCCCCACUAAGUCCCCACUUCGGACUAAGGUACGCAAAUUCAGCUACGUUAAUAACGUAGCUGAAUUCGAAGUACCUUAGUCCGAACUUACCGCGGGUCCAGACGCGGCAGGGAGGCUCCCCCGUCGAGGCUGCGUACUCCUCUCGCUGAGCUGGAAUACCAGCGUCGAUGGCGAGCACUUCCGGGAUCGAUUUAUCGUGUCUUAAUCAGACGCGAUAAAUCGGUCCCAGAACAUCGAUUGCCUGCCGCCGGACCCUCCGGUAAGUGUAGACGUACCCUCAGGUUAGAAGCAGCUGCUUUUCUAGCUAGGUUAUUUGAGACCAGCCCACCUAAGUGCUGAAGUGUAGCUGCUUAAAGAGUGAAGUUUUUUAAACUCCAACUGUGGAGAGAGGCAGGAGUACAUCUGGCAGAAGAGGCUGAUGCUUUUACAGCUAGUAAGCCACCCUUAACACUGGCUCAGUCUAAUUCUAUCCGUCCAAUGCCAGAAGGGGAGCUACUGCCUCACAUUUAGGCUGGUCCUAGAUUCCCUUAGUCAGAAUAUUAGCUUAAAUGUUAACAGUGCUAAUGUACUGACAGAACUUCUCCAUCAGUUCAACUUGCAGCCGUGACAAUGCUCUGAGACUCAGAUUUUUAUCUUAAGUGUAUCAAAAGUCAAUCAAAACCAAAUGUUAGUAAAUACCACUUGGAACCACUUAAAUAUACCGCCUGCUCUUCCUGGCCAGAGCAGUUAUUCUGUGCAUAUUACCUCUCUACUUCUUCUGGGAAAGAAAGUUCACGCACUCUAGUCUAAUAAGCUCAUUUGUUUAUGCCGUCCAAGCUCUAUUUAUAGAAUGUGGAGGCCUCCGCAAACCAGAGAAUCCAGCUGAUUGAGUAGCAUUAGGGAUGGUCUCCGUUCUGAGUCAAUACUUGAGCUUACUCGCUAAAUGGUGUAUUAUGAUCCAGUAUUAUGUUCAUAUUUCUACUACCUAUUAAACUACUACAAAAAGCUA